CUACGUUUGCUCCGUUUCCAAGAUUUCCUUCCGACUAAAAACAUCAACCGCCGUUGCAGCCACUUCUCACAGAGUCUACAGAAAGAGGGAAAACGAGAGAGAGAGAGAGAUGGCGUCCAACCAGCCUAGUGAUGGUGUUGAUCCUCAGGUUCUGAUAGAAGAGAAGUCCUAUGUCAAGAUUAUUACAAUGAACAGGCCUCGCCAAUUGAAUGCCCUCUCAGCCAAUAUGGUUUCUCAAUUAUUGAAGAGUUUCAUCGCCUAUGAGGAGGAUGCCAAUGUCAAGUUGGUGAUUUUGAAGGGAAAAGGAAGAGCAUUUUGUGCUGGUGGUGAUGUUUCAGCUGUGGCUAAUGAUGUAACCAAUGGUCAUUGGAAAUUUGGGGCGAAUUUUUUCAGGAAAGAGUUUACCUUAAACUAUAUAUUGGCAACAUAUCCGAAGUCUCAGGUUUCAAUUCUUAAUGGAAUUGUCAUGGGAGGUGGUGCUGGGGUUUCUAUUCAUGGGAAGUUCCGAGUUGCUACAGAGAAUUCGGUUUUUGCCAUGCCAGAAACAGCACUAGGACUAUUCCCAGAUAUUGGUGCUUCUUAUUUUCUAUCUAGGCUCCCUGGCUUCUUUGGAGAAUUUGUUGGUCUUACUGGUGCAAGAUUGGAUGGUGCCGAAAUGCUUGCAUGUGGCCUUGCAACUCACUUUGUCUCUUCCUCAACAUUGCCUUUGCUGGAAGAAGCACUUUUUAAGGUGGAUACCUCCGAUCCAGUUGUUGUUAACUCAAUUAUUGAGAAGUUCUCUCAAAGAGUUCCUUUGAAACAGAGAAGUGCUUUUCUCAGAAUGGAUAGUAUCGACAGGUGCUUCUCCAAAAGAUCAGUCGAAGAAAUUUUGUAUGCACUUGAGAGUGAGGCUGCAAAGAGAGCUGAUGAGUGGAUUGUUGAAGCAAUUCAAUCAUUGAAGAAGGCAUCUCCUAUGAGUCUCAAAAUUUCUCUUAGAUCGAUCAGAGAAGGCAGGCUGCAAGGUGUUGAUCAGUGCCUCAUCCGAGAGUUCCGAAUGUGCUGCCAUGUCUUGCGAAGAGAAGUCAGCAAAGAUUUCUUUGAGGGUUGCAGGGCCCUAUUGGUGGACAAGGAUAAAAAUCCAAAGUGGGAGCCGUCUAAACUAGAGCUCAUCAGCAACGAGAUGGUGGAUCGGUACUUCACCAAGGUGGAUGAUGAGGAAUGGGAAGAUUUGAAGCUUCCCAGGAGACCCACCCCAACAAUCUCAGCUAUGUCAAAGCUCUGAGGUGACCUGCAAUGCACCCGUA